AAGUCUCUGCUUUUAACCAUAUUUUAAUAAGAAGAGCAGCCCCACGUCACCAGAUGGUCCAAAGUUGUAUUUCUAUGGCAUUGAAACUCGCCUUCUUCUCCAUUUCUCCCAAUUCCAGUUCCAAUUUCUGUUGCCCUACGUUAAGAAGAACGCACUGCUCCGAGUUCGUUCAGCUGAUUAAAUCAAAGCCGAGGAGGAGGAGGAUUCGCCGGGAACUGAAAUCAGUUGCCGCUAUGUUCUCGAAUAACACGGCGGUCGGUGACCUCGUCGCCACCGGUUUGUCCGGCGGGAUUGCGUUAUCCUUGCUCAAAAUCUGGGAAGAAACGGCCAAGAGAGGCGUCUUCGACCAGAAACUAAAUAGGAAGAUUGUACACGUUACGGUUGGGCUAGCGUUCAUGCUUUGCUGGCCUAUGUUCAGUUCCGGUCGUCAGGGAGCAAUUGUAGCAGCUCUUAUUCCUGGUAUCAAUAUAGUUAAAAUGCUUCUUUUGGGACUUGGAAUAUGGAAAGAUGAGGCAACUGUCAAGUCCAUGAGCAGAUUUGGGAACCAUAAGGAACUACUUAAGGGGCCUUUGUACUAUGCUGCCACAAUCACUUUGGCCGGUGCCAUUUACUGGCGAACAUCUCCUAUAGCAAUUGCAGCAGUUUGUAACCUAUGUGCUGGCGAUGGUAUGGCCGAUAUUGUAGGGAGGCGUUUUGGUACCCAAAAACUUCCUUACAAUCAAAACAAAUCUGCCGUUGGUAGUAUAGCAAUGGCAUGUGCUGGUUUCUUGGCUUCCAUCGGAUACAUGCUCUACUUUUCAUCAUUUGGGUUCAUCGAAGAAAGCCCGAAGAUGGUGAUGGGGUUCUUGAUAACUUCAGUUGCUGCUGCAUUAGUUGAAUCGCAUCCGAUAAGCACUGAGCUUGAUGACAAUCUGACAGUGCCCCUUACAGCUGUGCUGGUUGGCAGUUUAGUUUUCUGAAUCCGGACCUUAAUAAUCAGACGGAUCAUUUCAAUCCACCCAAAUGCUCGUUUGUGGAUACAAUCGAGGGUUCUUGUUGUAUUUGAAGUUGUUUUAUUGAUUUUUUUUAGCCGUAAAAUGCGAAUGAAACACGAGCUUGUUGUACCACCAUGUAAGAGUAGUAGAAUUAAGCGGUCCAUGCUCUUAGGACCUCAGUGAUGAUUCACUCCUUGUAAUUUCUUGUUCCUUUUUAAUCAGUCUAAUUUAACCAGUUGAGCAAACUUUUAUCAG